CUACAACGCAUCGGCUCGAGAGCUGGUGCUCAAUCCCAAAACGUUGCUGACGUCCUCUUACCCACGAGCGAGCAGCGGAUUGAGGCGAUGGCGCUGGCGACGUUCCCAGAGCCCAGCGCUCGCGCAGAGUAUUACAUCAGAGACUGCCACCGUCGUUGCGGCCACGCGACAGCAUGGACAUGGGUGGCACCCCAGGGACGCGCAAGGGAUCGCCCACCACCCAGCCAGCAAGGCUGUCCUGGCCACGUCCAACCAGACGUCCCCGUCAAGUGCAGCUGAGCGUCCUUCUGGCGGAUGCCAUUGGUUGGCGAGACGGCGGCCGGAAUCUUGGUCCGGCAGUGGAACUGGCGGGCGGGCCGGUACCUUGCACUGGCAAAGGGAGAACGGCGUCUCGUAUUCACGACAAGAGAUGGCAUUCUUCGUCGUUUGCCAGUCGCCAGUCCCUGGGAAGACGCGCCGACCUCUGUGUUUCUGGUUCCCUCCAUCUUUUCACUGACAAUGUGCUGCGGUGGAUGCUGGCGAGAACAGGCAAGACAGAGAAAAAAGUUCAGGGUAUAUUCUAUAUCUUUUGUUUAGGCCUGCCGGUCCUGUGAUAUUUUUUUACUACGUAGCUGGUCACCCUCAGGGUUCUCUCGAAUAGCCACCGGGAAG